CUCUGAGUGAGACACUCCUCACUGCAGAGUUGUCCAGCUCACCCUCACAGCCACCAUGACCUUCAACGGCAACUGGAAAAUUGAUCGCAAUGAUAACUACGAGAAAUUCAUGGAAAAGAUGGGAAUUACCAUGGUGAAGAGGAAGCUGGCUGCUCACGACAACCUCAAGAUAAGCAUCGAACAGACCGGAGACAAGUUUCAUGUCAAGGAGAGCAGCAAUUUCCGCACCCUGGAAUUAGACUUCACCCUGGGGGUUACCUUUGAGUACAGCCUUGCAGAUGGAACAGAACUAUCAGGCUCGUGGGCCAUGGAUGGAGACAUGAUGAAGGGGAUCUUCAAUAGGAAGGACAACGGGAAGCAACUGACAACAACCAGAAUUGUCCAAGGAGAUGAAUUUAUACAGACCUACAACUAUGAAGGUGUGGACGCAAAGAGGAUUUUCAAGAGGGAUUAGACCAAACUGAUCAACAAAACUUUAAAAGGAAAUUUUUGACUUGAAGAUUACCAGCAACUUAUACCAACAUCACCUGUAAAAUGUGCACUAGCCUACACCCAUAAAGUAUAUGAAACAGAUUUGAAUUGCACAGGAUUUUGAUACCUUCAGUAAUAAAAACACACUGUUACUGCCUG